GGAAGUUGUAGCGUGGGCUAGCUCUGGGUGCUAACCAGCAUCCCUAAUGGUUGAGAUAAAUACAUUGAUAAUAUUUUAAUUAAUCCGAAAUAUUAUAACAAAUGUAUCUGAAUUGAAUUGUGGCAAUUAAUUAGCUUUAUUUGUUAUUAGCAUUAGCGGUUUACAAAUAUAUCUCGAGCUGAGUGAAAGCUAAAUAACACAAACACGUAGUGUAAAUAACGUUAGGGUUAUCCAGACGGUGUUUUGUAGGCUGCCUGUACGGGGAACAAGGAGACGUUUGGACUUCUGCCUGUCAGUUUAUACGUUAACGCAGCAGAAUGUCGGAGUCAGGGCACAGCCAGCCCGGGAUGUAUGGACAGGGACGGAGGAGGCGAAGACGGAGGGAAAGGGAACCUGGGCCACCUGGCCAAAACCUCUCCGGACCGAGUCGGGAUAGAGACUAUGGCCCACGGGAGCGGAGGGAUGGGAGUGAGGAACCUUCUGGUCCACUUCUUCAGAAGACUCCUAUUAUUCUGGCCAAACCUCCAGGAGAAAGGGCGAAGUCGAGUGCUACUGUCAGCGGUGGCCCGCUAGAUAAGCCCAUAAUGCUGAUAAAAGCCAGAGAUGAAGGAGGCAAACCGGGCACUACUCCAGAUGCUGCUCCUCCAGUUUCUGGCUCUGGAGCAGUAAAACUAGAAAGGGAGGGCCAGCGUCCAACACAGCCUGUAUAUCAGAUCCAGAAUCGUGGAAUGGCAUCAGCUGCAUCUACCUGUGCAGUUGAUCCGGUGAUUGGUCAGACAAAGCUCCUCUCCCCUGAGAAGAUGAAGCACAGCAUUAAACUAGUGGACGACCAGAUGAAUUGGUGCGACAGCGCUAUGGAGUAUCUACGUGACCAGACUGAUAUGCUUGUUGUGGGAGUAAUUGGGCUCCAGGGGAUGGGAAAGUCCACUAUUAUGUCUUUUCUCUCAGCCAACAUGCCUGAAGAAGACCAAAGGGCGUAUGUGUUCAGGGCCCAGACGCAGGAGAUUAAAGAGAGGGGGGGCAACCAAACGAGUGGGAUCGACUUCUACAUUACACAAGAGAGAGUGAUCUUCCUGGACACACAGCCAAUUCUGAGUCCAUCAAUCUUGGAUCAUCUCAUUAAUAAUGACCGCAAGUUGCCACCGGAAUAUAACCUACCACAUACGUAUGUGGAGAUGCAGUCUUUACAGAUAGCUGCUUUUCUCUUCACUGUGUGCCAUGUUGUAGUUGUAGUUCAGGACUGGUUCACAGACAUCAACAUCUACAGGUUUCUACAAACUGCUGAGAUGCUGAAGCCUUCGACUCCAUCCGCCAGCCAUGACAGUGUUGGUUCAUCAGGACCGGAUGAUGGAUCAGAAUACUAUCCUCACCUCAUCUUUUUGCAGAACAAAGCAAGAAGGGAGGACUUCUGUCCCCGAAACCUAAAAGAUAUGCACAUGAUUGUGGACAAACUGAUGGCUCAUUCCCACCUAAAAUAUAAAGGCAUGCUGUCCAUGUUGGAGUGUAAUAUAUUCCCUGGACUGGAGCGAGGCUACCUUGACAAUGAAGUGAAUCUCUUCCUUUUGCCAGUUUUGGAAAAUGAUGGAGAUGAAGCUUUGACAAGAGCAGGAUCUGGAUCUGGUCCUCUUUUCUCUCUGCUGCCUGGCUACAAGGGGCACUCGAGCUUUUCCUCUUUGGUUUCCAAACUACGUAGCCAAGUCUUGGCCAUGCCUCGCAGUCAGAUCUCCCACACCAUCCUCACUGAGAAAAACUGGUUCCACUAUGCUGCCAGAAUUUGGGAUGGGGUAAAGAAAUCCUCAGCGCUAUCGGAGUACAGCCGCUUAUUGUCAUAAGCCAGACAAGAAACCAAUCUGGAGAAAGUCCACCCAACUUCACUUGCACUAAGGCUUGCCAGCAGUGUUCCCUUUUAAAAACACAGUGGAUCUGAGGCAGUGUCCUUUAUGUUUAACUAAAACAGGGCUGGAACACUUGAUGUUCAGAUGACAGCUAUAGCCACAUGCCGUGUUGUAGCUUAAACAGGGAAAUGCAGCAAGCAUUCUUGAUAAGAGUUUUGUACCAGUAAUUUUCCAACCAGUUUUCGGACUGUCCUGGAUUUGAUCCAUCAUCCAUGUUCUAUUUAAAUCUACAGAUUUAAGGGAAAGAGCAGAACUCUGAAAAGCACUGCAAUUUUUUCGUGAAGAAAAAAAUCACAUGAGAUAUAAAUAACUUAUUUUUUUUUAAUGCACUCACUUUCAUUUCACUUUCACUGCUUUAACCUGCUCAGAGUCAUGGUGGAGCUAGAGCCCCUCCAGUGAAACCUAGAUGUAAGGCAGGUGUAAACCCUGGAUGGGGAGCCAGUCCUUUGCCUGCUUAAAUGCAUUUAGCCGACCCACUUACUUGGCAGGGUCUGAGGAAACAGGAGAACUUGGAAAAACCCCACAUGGACAUGUACAAAAAUGCUGGACACACAGUAACAUGAGCCCAGGAUCAGACUAUGGAUUCUGGAGCUGUGAGGUGGCAAUGCUGCCCACUGUAGUCAAUGGUCAAUAUGCCCUCUAUUUAUUCACUGUCAAUUAAAAAUAGGAUGUAACAAAAAUUUGUAUGGAACACAAUUAGUAUGUUUAAUAAAACAACUUAAAAAGUAUAAAAAAUUGCAGUUAUUAAGAUGAAUGUGGUAUAUCUGGUGCGUUAUCAGUGUUGAAAGUAUUGAAAACUAUGUCUUUGCUGGAUUGAGAGAUAUCAAUUAAAGAUAUCAAUUUUA